ACACCUCGCUUCACAUUUACUACCGGUUAAUUUUUUUUUUUUUACUUUGCUACCACCUAAAUCAGAGUUUGUUAAAAAUCACUACCACUUGUCUUACACCGGUAGUAUUUUCGUUACCACCACCCCAACCACCAUCCAGCCACCACCCAACCACUGUCUAGCCACCACUCCUUCUCACCCACCAGCUGCCCAAUUCACCGCCACUGUUCAACAUCAAACCCACCGUAACCACCACCCAACCACCGCUCCUUCCCCACCAUCAAUUACCAACCCUUUCGCUGCCCCUUUCCCUUGUUCCCUCGCAUCACCACUAAUCGGCACCAACACCCAAUCCCAGCCACCGCGAGCCGCCGCACAUAGCAAUCGAACCCAAAUUUGCAACCCCAGCCCCGUUCAAACCCCAGCAAUCGAACCCAAAUUCGCAACCCCAACCCCGUUCGAACCCCACAAUCGGCACACAACAAUCAAACCCAAAAUCGCAAUCCCAGCCCCGUUCAAACCCCAGUAAUCGAAGCCAAAUUCGCAACCCCCAAGGCCUCAACGACAAUCGGCGCCGGUGUCACGAUCCCAGCCCCCUUCGCAGCCCCUUCCCCUCGAAAACCCGCCUCGAUCCCAACCAAAAACCCUAAUUGAUCCGAGCAAAUCUCAAACCCCAAUUCAAUUAAGCUUGUGGGUAACGAGAGUGGAGAAUGUGUGUGAAGGAGAAGGAGCAAGAGUGGUUUUUGUGGAGUUUUCCGCCGGCGAGGUGGAGGACCAUGGGGAGGUGGCGCCGGCGGUAGGAGGGGGAGGGUGGCUGGUUUUUGUUUUUAAUUUUUUUGUAAACUGAUAGUAAAAAAAAAAGAAAAAAAAUAAACCGAUAGUAAAUGUAAAGCGAGGUGUUUUUUUUUUUGUUAGCAAAUGUCAAAAUUUUUUACUAAUGUGACAACUAAUUUUGAAUAUAACACACUAAUAACUAGUCCAGAAAAACUCCACUUUCAAGGGCAAAAGACAGGAAAAAACGAAAGGCCAAAACUUGCCAGCAUCCCUUCCCCAAGCUCCAUCGACAAAAAACGAGGAGAGAGAAAGUGUUUAGCUUCCUAAAGUCGUAGUUACGCAGUUUUGCAGUGGAUAUCACUGCUAUUUAUAUUUCUAUUUUUAAUCAAUUUUGUUAAUUUCUCUCUUCUUUCUCCGCCAAAAAUUCUUUGUUUGGAGGAAUGAGUUGCUGCUAACCUACUUACUUCGACGCGAUCUUUGAUGCUUCACUACUACGCCGAUUUUCGAUUGCUCUUAAACCCUAAUUGUUUAGCAGGUAAGAAUAUUGUACUGUAUGCUGCGUGAUGAUCAUGCGAUAAGGUAUUUUAUUUAUUUGUGCAAACAACUUGCAAACUGCUAUUCAUGGCUCGGAGAGGAAAUCAACCGAAAAGGGGUAUUGAUCAGACUUCUUCAAAGAGUAAAAAAAAGGACCCAGAUGUUAAAGGUUUUGUUGAUGAGCUUCUAAGUGGUGAACAUCUUAAGUCUCCGCUGACUGACUGUGCUAGUAGGACCUCUGCUGCAGGAGAUGGGGGAAAAAAGAACAAAAAAUCUAAAAAUGUUUCCAAGAAAGGUGAGCUUAAGGUUGAUGGUGUAGCAUUUGGCUCCUCAGUCCCUGACAACAGUGUCUCUGGAGAGAGUAUGGAAAAGCUUUCAAGGGACUUUAAUACAUCACAUGUCAGUAACGGUAGCUCAGGAAAUCAUGAUGGUGCUGAUAAUCAUAGCGUAAAUGGAUCUUUUAUAGCUGGUAGAACUGAUAAAUUGGAGAUUUUUCGUAUGAUGGUACUUGAAAACCUGAGACAUUAUGCCCUGUCUAUCUUAAGGAUAUCUCGUGGAUGGCUGGAAAGGCAACAACCAGUUUUCGCUGCUGUAGUGAGAAAUGUUUACAGAGUUCGUAAGUAUAUACAAUUAAAACUUGUUCACACAUAUCCUGUUGUUCUGAAGUGGCUUUUCCAUCUCGGCAACAUUCUGCUCCUUGUGUCAAUGGUUUGGUUGGAUUGUGCUUUUCGUGGCAUGGACUCCUUUCUGCGGAUGGGAACAACUUCCUUCUUUUCUAUCCUGUGGUUCAGCAUACUUUCCGUCAUUGCAAUGAUUGGGAUGUUCAAGUUUCUAUUGGUGUUGGCUUUUGCUGCAUUAAUUGGAGUUUUGGUGGGCUACAUCAUUUCAUUGUUGGUAAUCUUGAUUACUGGAGGAGUAUUCCUAUGGAUAUAUGGAAGUUUUUGGACGACAUCUCUUGUCAUCGUUCUUGCCGGAUUGGCAUUUAUAUUGAGUCGCGAACGCAUUUCCUUAUCAGUUCUUACUGUAUAUUCAGUAUAUUGUGCUUGGGCAUAUGUUGGAUGGCUUGGGGUGCUUUUGGGUUUCAAUCUGUCAUUCAUUUCAAGUGAUGCACUUAUAUACUUCCUGAAAAAUAACAUAGAUGAACGGAAAAGUAAGUCAUCUGAUCGAGCAGAUGGAGUUCAAGGUGAUCGAAGCUUUUUUAACGGUGAAGCACAGUUUCAGUACCCGGACGUUGGUUCAGGAAAGUCAAUGGAUCGUAAUGCUGGUGUUGCUUCUACCAGUGGGGCUGAUUCUGAGAUUACAUCUGAAGAUGAAGUUGUUCGUUUGUUAAAUUGUACUGAUCACUACUCAGCAUUGGGCUUGUCUCGGUAUCAGCAAGUAGAUGAGUCUGUACUGAAGAAAGAGUACAGAAAAAAGGCUAUGCUUGUUCAUCCUGAUAAAAAUAUGGGAAAUGAAAAGGCUGCAGAAGCUUUUAAGAAACUUCAAAAUGCAUAUGAGGUUUUGCUAGAUUCUUUGAAGCGAAAAGCUUACGAUGAUGAACUUAGGAAGGAAGAGUUACUGAGUUAUUUCUGUCGGUUUCAGCGUUCUUCUCAAAAGAGUGGACGUCAUGGCUUCUUUCCUAAUGGUUUUGCACGCUCAGAGGGGGAUGGAAAAGACCCUCUAGGGGAGGCAAGAAGAAUUGCAUGCAAGAAGUGUGGGAGCUUUCAUAUAUGGUUACAAACAAAGAAAUCUAAAUUAAAAGCAAGAUGGUGCCAGGAUUGUGAGGAAUUACAUCAAGCUAAAGAUGGGGAUGGAUGGGUUGAACAGUCUUCCCAACCUUUGCUUUUCGGAAUACUACGGAAGGUUGAUGUACCUGUUGCAUAUGUUUGUGCCGAUGGCAGAGUAUAUGAUGCCACUGAGUGGUAUAUUUGUCAGGGAUUGAGAUGCCCGGCUAACUCACACAAACCAAGUUUUCAUGUUAACACUAGCAUAACAAAGAACAGUUUUGGGAAAGGAUCAUCUACAUCACAUAGAGGUGGUGGGGCGGAGGCAGCAGCAGCAGCAAAUAUGGAAGAAAAUAUGAGUGAGGAAGAGUUCUUUGAGUGGUUACAGAACGCUAUGCAAUCAGGAAUGUUUGAGAACUUUGAUGGGGUUAAUCCGAAUGAGAGUUCACAAAGUAGCACCAAAAACGACACAAAAACUGGUAGUGCAAAUACUAGUGGUGGUGGUAGUGCUAGCAGCAGUAGGAAAAAGAAAAAGGGUAAAAAACCGUGGUAAACUUAACCAAUCUUCCUUUUAUGGACCCAUCUUAAUUCCUGUGAGAGAGCAGGAGAGAGUGUAAAUGAAGAGAUUCGACAUGUCGAAUACCCGGUCUUGUAAUGUGGUGUGAAAAUGUACACUGCAAUUGAAAAAGCCAUGCGCAGGUUGUAUAUUUUCUGUUGUUUGACAGUCUUUAGAUUAUCAUUAUACAAGACAGAAUGUAAUGCUCUGAAAGAAAUGGCUAUUCUGUUUUCCGGAAUCGUAAGAUCAACAGGCAAAAAAAUAUAGAAGUUUACCAACCUAGCCUUGUAAAUUUAAUUCUGAUUUUCUUGUAUUAUCUAAUCUAAUGCAACUUUAAAAUGUCAAGUUAAGCGUUAGGAAAUUUUGCUGCA